AUGGCUGUCGCGGCAAGUGUACCGUCGCGCCCUGCGCUGAGAGUUGGGAUUCUCGCUGCACUGGGUAUUUUCUUCUUUGUCGUUCUUUUUACUUUUUAUUCUGACACUGUACGAUCGCCUGUUGAGUUUGCGCAUCAAAAGGCACAACAGUACUGCGAUUCGUCGCAAACGACCAUUCCUUCUUUUACACCAACACCUACACCGGUAUCAACAGUCACUCCUGAACCUACACCAGAACCUAUACGUAAUUGUGAAGAUCCCUAUCGUCGACCGGGAUACCUUUAUAUACCCAAAGAGCCGAAAGCUUAUAGAGAUACACAAUGGAUUCCUUUCACUGAAGAGUACCUUGAUUCGGAACCACCCGAGUACGCGGCUUACCCACCGAAGCAUGAGAUUGUCUUCAACGACACUGCUGUUGAACCAGAGUAUCUCAAUGCUGCGGGAAACCCUCAACAAUGGAUGCGCAUGGCUGUCGUUGAGAGUCGACGCCGUCGCAAAGCAGCAGAAGCUACUGUCUCACCGACGAGGAACACAACAGUCAAUGACUUUGUCAACAUGAAAGACGACAACGGUCUUGGCUGGCUUUGGGGCCGACGUGUUGUCAUGUUCGGAGACUCUGUCGAUCGCUAUAUGACACAAUUCUUCUGCGAAGAGUUCGACAGUAAGAUGUAUCUCCCCAUCCAAGACAAAUCAGGCCGCCAAGCCAAAGGCAUCUGCGAAGUCCCCGCCUUCAAUCUCACCCUAGUAUAUCUCCAUUCCGUCGGCUCCUUCACCUACCGCCCAGACUGGUGGUGGAUCGAAAACCUCAAGAACGUCGCAUGGGAAGAACGUUGGAACAUCUUCUGGAAACCCCACGAAGCCCCUAUCCAAGGCCCGUCCGGUCGCCCUGAUUUAAUUCUCUGGCAGAACGGACUCUGGGAUCAGCGUGCUUUCUGGGAGGGUGGCGCGGCGAUGCACAAUGAGGGGGAUAAGCCUAUGACCUUGAAAAACAGGCAGAUGGCUUGGGAGGAGGUCCGCUUUGUGACCGCGAGAAUAAAGAAGAUUGCCAAGAGGCUUAAUGAUGAGUUUGGGGAAGAUGUUCCUAUUAUGUUUAGGGCCUUGACGGUUCAUAGGGAGAGUGGCAUGGGCGAUGCUAUAAUGAUGGAGAUGGAUCGUUUGGGAAGGGCUGUGGCGGAACAGGCUGGCCAUGAGAUGUUCGAGUGGGCAAAGUUGAUCCAUCUUCUUGGGAAUUUGUACCAAGAUGGUUUGCAUCCUGGGAAGGGAGCGGCGAGUUGGCUUUGGGGUAAUAUGAUCUUGGAAUACCUCGCGAGGUCUGCUGGGUCUGAGGUCGGUGGUUGGGGAGGCAGAUGA